AUGGAGGGAGAGGUUGAGGAGGAUGAGGUCGUAGUGGUUGAGGCGAAGGAUAGUGACAAAUUAGAGACUGUGGUUGAUGUGGAGGAUGAGAACCCCAAGACGGAGAUCUCAGUGGCUGUCUCAGCCCUGGUUGGGGAGAGUCGCGGCUUCUCGGUUACAUACUUAGGCGGCACGCACCCCGAUCUCGGCGCUGCCGUGCAAGACUACGUAGAGCGUAGCCCGGCGUCUGGGGGAUACAAGUUAUGGCCAGCGGCCCCGCAGGUAUUGGAAGUACGCUGA